CUCUGUCUCUGUCCCUCUCUCUCUGCCUCUGUGUGUCUCUCGUUGUCUCUGUCUCUGAGCUGCUGGCACAGAGAUGGCAACAGGCCCAGAGGGGCCAGGGGAGCAGGAGACCCCAGGUUUGUUUCCUUGCUCAGCCUGUGACAUGGUUUUCCCUUCAAGGACUCUCCGAGACAGUCACGCCUAUCGCUUCUGCAUUGGCCAUCUCACUCCAGGGGUCCCCAGGGGCCGAAGGAAGAGCCCGGCCCAGCCCUCAGCUUCCCUCCCACUGGACAGAGAGGGCCGGUCACAGCAGCCUGAGCUUCAACAGGAGACCCCCAGGAAAGCCCCAGGCCAGGGGGAAGCCGGCGGAGCGGCCCUGAAGAGGCUGACGGAUGAGGUUCAAAGGCUUCGGAUGUCUCUGCAAGACAUAGCCUCUCCCCAGAAGGCUACUGCAGGGCCCCGGGCACACCUAGAAGCAGCCUACGCUCGUCGGCUGGCAGAGAUCAGAGCCCGAACUCGGAGUCUGGAGAAGCACCGGGAGGAGAUCAGACAGCAGCUUGGGGGUCUGGCUGGGGGCGAUGCUGGCAGCAGCGUCCUGGGGCAGGUGAUGCUGGCGAUCCAGGCCCAGGAGAAGAGGACGCAGCUGGCUCUGGAUGCUCUUGGGGAGCGUGUAGAGAAACUGCACGCACGGACUCAGCCAGAUCUCCCAGCAGUGAGGAAGGAGGAUGAAGGGCCCAGCCUCAGCCUCUUAGCCCUACCAGCCAGUCAAGGGGUCUUGACUUCAGAGAUUCGGGCCCUCCAGAUGUCCUACCUCCAAGCCGGGGGCAGAGACCCCGGAGUCCUGGCCAAGAUAUGGGAGCUGCACCUCGAGGCUGCGCUGCUGGAAGGGAGGACUCAGAAGAGGCAAGGGAAGGCUGCUGCUGGGCCCCAGACGCUGGACACACAGUUGCAGGCCCUAGAAGCUGUUAACGGCCACUUGGAGACUGAAAUCCUGGCCCUGCAGAUGCAGAGAGGACCCCGGAGAUCCCGGCAGGGCCCGUGGGAGCCCCAGCCCAAGGAGGGGAUUGGCCUGCUCCGGAGAGGAAGAGGAGGCUCUGCCCGCCUGCCACCCCCUGUGGCUCCCCCGUUGCCACCCCCUCCCCCAGGACCCCCCAGAGACAGCCCUUUCCUAGGCAUGAUGGAAACUACAGGAGCCCCAGCCCACAGCCGCCACCUCCUGCCCCCGCCCGAUGUGCUGGGCCCAGCUCCUUAUGACCCAGGGGCUGGGUUUGCCAUAUUCUACGACUUCCUGCUGGGACUGGAGCCUGAGUGGUCACAGGUGCAGCUGGUGACAGGGCUGGCACGGGGUGGGCAGGAGACCGGCCCCAGCACUGCCCUACCCCCCAGUCCCUGUCUGCCGCUGCCCCCCACCCCAGGGGCUCCCCUGGGCAACUGUGCCAUCCUGGCAGCCAGACAGCCUGUGCCCAGGUUGCAUCCCUCCCUGGCUGUGACCCUGGUCACAGAGCUUCAGGCCUGGGGCCUUUGGGACAGAGGCCAGGAGCCAAGGCCCCAGGCUUGGACCAACGUACAGCUAUUUGACCUGGAGCAGAGGGUGCUGAGUGGACGCUGGAGGCUGCCUCUGAGAGCCCUGCCCCGGGCACCACGCCUUCACCCCAGGCAGCUGAAUGCCAUCCCUCAGGCUGGCCACAUUGAGCUGUACCUGAGAAUAGUCAAUGCAAGAGAUGCUGAGAUCCAGGCGUUGGCCAAGAUAGACCCAGCCCAAAGCCGGGAAUACCGCUACCUGCCCACCGUAUCCAACUCACCCUCUCUGAAAGACAGCAACCUGUACUCCCACUUCCUGGGACCCCCCAGCCUGCUCCCCUCCCUCUCCCUGUCCGAUGGCUUCAGUGACCCUCCUCCUGCUUCAGAGUAGCCUGCACAAAGACCCCAGAUACAGCAGCUGGAGGCCCCUCCCAACUCCUCUACAGACCUUGGCUUCUCAUCUUUAAAAUCAACAGGUGGCCUCAUUCCCCCAGCUCUGCGAACCUAUAAUUCUGUAGUUCCCUGACCCCAUAGAGGAGGGGAUGUACCCUCCACGCCUCACCAGGCUCCAGGAAGGGUCCUUUGCAUUGCUGAGUGUGUGUGUGUGUGUGUGUGUGUGUGUGGCCAGCCAGUGAGUUCGGGUGGGCAGAGAGCCCUGCCCAGGGCAGUCUCAAACCCAUCCCCAGUGAAGGGGGCAGCUCAGGGCCAUGUGCUGUGGGUUUCUCAGCCUGCGGAAUCUUCGGGCUCCAAGGUCUAAAGCUCAAAGUGGGGUUGGGAGAAUGGGAGCCAGGCACCCACACACCCAGAAUAACCAGCUGAGAGAAAUCCUUUGAGGAAGUCCAAGGCAGUCAGUGGAAACAUGCUUAGAACUGAUUCAGCACAUGGGCACUCAGCCCUGGCAUCUGGGAAUUCUGGAACAAAAGCCCAGGUCAUACCACCAGCAAGUGCCCUUUACAAGGAAGGCCCGUUCCUCACUGAGUAGGCACUUGACCCUAAAUCCUUCAGUCUGUCUGUGGUCUCUAUCCAAAGAGAUGGCAUCUUCAGAGAUGCAGAUACAUCCCACCCAUGCCAGAGUCCUGUGUGACUCUCGUCCAUGUCCCACACAAAGGGACACAAAAGACUGGCCUGACCAUUCACAUGGGAAAAACCAAGUGGAUGAAGAAUGCUCAUUGUCUUUAGACUAUGGCAUACAGGUGGGAUGGACAUCAAUUUACAUCUCAGACAGACACUGCAAAUGGGCGAGUCCAGAAUUGACCAGGAGCAGGAGAGGAGUGACUAGAUGUCUUUGGGAAGUUGCAUCUAUUUUUAAUGACCCCAAAUUUCUCCUGGCUCCCUCAUAUCAGAGUCCUCCUGGCAGUCAGUGGUCACACCGGGAGUCUGGAGCAGGCCAGGUGGGUCUGCCACAUGCAGGUUACAAACAUCUGUCCCAUCUAGUCCACCAGCUGCUGGGACCUGGGAGCCCUCCUCAGUUUCUACUUCAUCCUCUCCAAAAUGGGGCUAAUUCCUGUAGCUCCUCCCCUGCAGGGCUGCCUUUGCAGAAGCUUAGCUGAGACACUAAGUAAAGUGCUUUGCAGACCUUGAAACACUCAAGUUGAUUCUCAUGGAUAAAAACAGGGCUGUCCUAUGUAUGAGCUAGAAAGCCCUCAUAACAAGGAACAAUGUGUCCUGGUGACCUAAGACAGAGGGAAGGCGUGGUCAAGGCUCCCAGGGGCCCAAGCACCUCCUGGCUCAGGCCCCUGGCUCCCUCCCCACCUAAGGCUUCCCCAACCUAAUUCAAUCACUAAGGAAGCCUUUUUGUCUUCUACCCCCUACCCCCCAGGCUUAGUGAGGUUGGGGCAGGUCAUUUAUAUGCUUGUCUCUGGAUCUGUUUCCUGAUCUGUAAAAUGGGGACCCAUUGUAGUUCAAAUUCACUCUCACUAAAUGCACUUUACAAAAGCACCUACUCUGCGCAUGUGUAUGUGUGGGCACAGCCUGGAGGCGGGGCUGAAUCUGAGUUGGUAAGGCACCCCCAGCAUCUGAAUCCAGCCCCUGCUGCUGCCCCCCCCCAACCAGCGAUCUUCCACUGCAUCCAGGCAUAGGGGCUUCCUCCAGCCAAAAUAGCUAGCUAGCAUUUACAAAAAGCUCGUUAGGUUGACAAAGCGCUUCUCGUGUUUUAUUUCAUUUGAACCUCCCAACAGCGCUGGA